CCUCUGCUUCCAAAGCUGCUCCGACGUCGUCACCACACCCGACCUUUGCCUGCCCAUUAUUGCUCUACCUGCAUCGUGCCAGCGAACGGAUCCCACACGCGGUCGCCAUCCAAACCCGACACCACUCGUGGUCCAGCGCCGUGCCGAGUCUCGUCUUGCUUCUCCCACGGGGACGCGAAGCCGGCUAGACACGCACAGCGCACCAUUGCGGCGCGCGGAGCUCCAGUAAGCCGAUCGCGCCACCCCUCCCCGCGACGACCACAGCGUAUGCCAACGGCCUCAUUCGGGGCAGCGCGUUGCCACCAUGGGAUUCCUCGGCGUCUACCGCGCGCUGUACGAUUAUGCACCCCAGGCUGAGGGAGAGCUUGCCAUGAGCGAGGGUGAUGUGCUCUACGUGCUCGACAACAACGGCGACGACGGCUGGUGGAAGGCUAAGAAGAAGGCUGGUGCCGACGACGACGAAGAGCCAGAGGGUCUCAUCCCAAACAAUUAUGUUGAGCCUGCAACUGCCCUGAGCCAUGCGAGAGCCAUAUACGAGUACACCCGACAGACGGACGAGGAGCUGUCGUUUUCCGAAGACGCCAUCUUAGACAUAUACGACACGUCUGACCCCGACUGGAUCCUCGCUGGGCUGGACGGUGAAUUCGGCUUCGUGCCCUCCAACUACAUUGAGGCCCAGGGGUCUCCCUCGGGUCCACAAACGGCGUCCCCAGCUGCCCCCCCGGCCCUGCCGGCGAGGCCCGCCUCGAUAACAGCAACGCCGGAAAGCCAACGUGAUGCCGGGCCCACGUCGCCGCUGAACAGCCCCGCGGCGGCGUUGGCUGGUGUCAUGCACGGCCGAGCCCCGGCACAGCUUGCCACUCCGUCUCCUCCUCCCCAACCCGCGCGACCCGCCCUUCGGCAGGACGAGUUGCACGCCUCGGAUGACGACGAGGAAUCGAUGAGGUCUCCAACGUUGCCGUCCCGACCUAGACAUGCGCCGACCGCCGACGAGCGAAGCCGUGACUUCGCAGCGCCGCCCAGGGAAGUAGCAACGGCCGCUGAUGAGCCGUAUCGUACGCCGGGUGGUUUCCACUUGUACAACAUCAACGAGAUGGUGUCCGUGAUGGGAAAGCGGAAGAAGAUGCCUACUACGCUGGGUAUCAACCUCAAGACUGGCACAAUUCUAAUAGCCCCUGAACGGGCGCAGGACGACCCUGCCCAGGAGUGGACGGCCGACAAGAUGACGCACUACUCACGAGAGGGUAAGCAUGUCUUUAUGGAGUUGGUUCGUCCCAGCAAAAGCAUCGACUUUCACGCCGGCGCCAAAGACACAGCAGAAGAGAUCGUGGGUGCUCUUGGCGAGCUAGCCGGUGCGGUUCGUGCUGAGGGACUACGUGAAGUCAUUAUGGCAGGGUCACAUCGCAGCCAGCGAAAGGGCCAAGUGCUGUACGAUUUUAUGGCUCAAGGCGAUGAUGAAGUGACAGUGGCCGCGGGCGACGAAGUUGCCGUCCUCGACGAUUCCAAGAGUGACGAGUGGUGGCAGGUUCGUCGCCUCAAGAAUGGUAAACAGGGCGUUGUGCCCAGCAGCUACAUUGAAGUUACAGGGACAAUCACACCCCCUCCAGCCGCAUCUGGCUCUGGCCUUGACUCCGCCAGGGCCACGGUCGAGCAGAACCGACUUGAGGAGAUAAGACUCACCAAAGAAGCGAUCAAGGCGAGCAAAGAGCCGCAACAGGUAGGGCCAGGAAUGCCCCUCUCCACAAGAGGCAGCAGCCUCGCGGCCAGAGAUCAUGGUAGUAAUUCGGAACAGCAGCGCGGCCGCCGCGAGAAUGGACGGGGCGAUGGCGCCAGCCAUUCCAAGAGCAAAUCUAAACCUGAUUCAUCCAAAGUCAGGGUUUGGACGGAUCGAUCUGGCUCCUUCAGUGUCGAAGCACAGUUUCUCGGACUCAAGGACGGCAAAAUUCACCUGCACAAGGUGAAUGGCGUCAAGAUCGCCGUGCCCGUUGCCAAGAUGUCGCGGGCGGAUCUCGAGUAUGUCGAGAAUACGACUGGCAUAUCCUUGGAUGAUGACAAGCCGCUAGCCGACAUCAAGAGGGCCAAGUCGGGCGAUAAGCGGCCGUCUGAUGUGGGUGCCUCCGUGGGCAAGAGUGACAAGCCCGAGUACGAUUGGUUCCAGUUCUUCUUAUCAUGCGACGUUGCCGUGGGCCUCUGCGAGCGCUACGCCCAGGCCUUCCUCAGGGAUUCCAUGGACGAAAGUGUGUUGCCGGACGUCAACGCAACGAUCCUUCGGACACUGGGUCUCCGCGAGGGGGACAUCAUCAAGGUCAUGCGGACGCUGGACGCCAAAUAUGGUCGUGAUCGGAGCAAAGCAGGGGCGGACGGAGAUGUUGGGACUGGCGGGCUCUUUUCGGGCCCUGGAGGUGCCCUGCGGAAUAACACGCGCAAGGGUCGCCCCGCUCCAGCUGUCCAGGCGGGAGACGUCGUCGAUGCUGCUGCUUUCUCCAAGAACGGCACCUCACGACCCACCCUCGACGACGACGCACAGUCUACAGCAGCGAGCGGCCCUCCCAAGUCGAGCCCCCCUCCGGCGAGCGGGUUUGACGAUGAUGCGUGGGACCUGAAGCCGCGACCCCAAGAGACGACAUCCAAGGGCUCCAAGCAGGCGCAGACGGCGUCCCCGCCAGCUACGACUUCCAAGCCGGCCGCACCGGCGCUGACCGGCUCGAUGCAGGAGCUUUCUCUUCUGUCGGAGCCUCUUCAGCCCACCAGGACUGAGCCACCUCCCGCACCUACGAGAGUCUUGGGCCAGCCGGCAGAGCAGCAGCAGGCGCUCCCUGGCGCGAGCCCGUCCUUCUUCUCCACCGUGCCAAAGCCAGGGCAGCCGUCGUCGCCCAAGGCUCUGGCUAGGCAGCGGCCAGCUCCCCCGCCGCUGUCGUCGAACCCGGCCUCCCUAGUUCCCCCUCCCCAUCAGAGACCCUUAUCCGCGCCCCAAUCUGCGCAGCCCGCCUUGUUUCCGCCCCCCGCCAUGGCCCCUCAGAUGACAGGAUCGGUUCAGUCACAGGUGGCGCCCCCCGGCCAAAGCCUGAGUGACCUCGCCCAGGCGAGGCUGCAACAGCAGUACGCGUCGCAGCUCCAGCAGCAGCAGCAGCAACUUCAGCCUGCGAUGACAGGCUACGCCAACCUCCAGCCUCAAGGCAUGAGCCCGUUCCAGUCCAGCGGCGCCGGCCAAUUUAUGCAGCCCAUGAUGACCGGCAUGCCUGGAGCGAGCCCCUUUGCCGAUCCCGGUCGGCCUGGCCAAUUUUCCCAUGUUCAAACUCAGCCUACAGGGUUCCAGCAACCAUAUCAGACCAGCAUGCCUUCAUAUCCUCACAUGACUGGUCCUUCUGGCUCCAUCAACAGCUUCCUUCCCCCGGCUCUGGAGCCUCAGCGGACAGGCGCGACACCCUUAGUGUACCCACAACAAACGGGUGCCGUUGGAGGCAGCUUUACCCAGCCAUUACAACCGCAGAAGACGGGACCACCACCGCCGGUCCGUUUCGGAGUGUCAGCGGAAACGAAGAAAUUGACGCCGCAGCAGACCGGACGGAGGGCGAACCUGUCUCAAGCAACUCCGCAGAACCCUUUCGGCUUCUGAACCCUUGCAUUACGACCUAAUUGAUCCUGGGACGGGAGGAUGGACUGGAGCUGAGACGAAGCGCAUCACAGUAGGUCCAAACUAGGGAGCUGAACGUAUCUCUGCGGGCCUGAAUACCUAAGUGCUGCUGGCCCAAUUUCACCGCGACGUGUCGCAGUGGCAUCACCCUACAACCCCCCACCCUGACUUCCACAAACGGUCGUCCGCGGAUGGCGCGCAUAGCAUGUCUGAGUAUAUAAAUGUAGAACGUUCACUCCAUAUAUCAAUCUCUUGGCCGUUCAGGCGCAUUGUCCCAGUCUUGCCGUGAGGUCAAGUAGGCUGCAGCAUCGGUGCAACGCUCGCGACGAUGAGCAGAGACAGAUGGGCAAGAUAUCCACAAAGUGAGAC